AUGCCAUCAACACGGGUAAAAAGCUUAAAAAAUGAUGACUUUCAUUGCUCCCCUACACUAAGCUUAUUAGUCCUAUUCGCCGAUGCAUUCCCAACUCCCACCCGUCAAGCACUUGAGGACUGUGCCAUGAAGACACAGCAGCGUUAUGACUAUCCACGCGCUGUGGGUUUCAUGGAUGGCAAACACGUAGGAUUGAGAGUUCCCAUCGACGUUGGUGCACCAGGACGAGCUGGAGACGCGGGAGUGUUCCGGAAUUCGGACAUCAAGACAUUCUACGAAGUUCGCGAUGACAUCUUCCCUGAGACAGAAGAACUCAAUGAUGUUGGACCAGUGCAAUACCACAUUCUGGUCGACGGUGGUUUCGCCCAGAGCCACCGAUACAUCAGACCGUUUCCGGAGCCCAUGGCGACAACACCUAGCAAACGUCGCUUCAAUGAGAAACUCAGCGGGUAG